AUGAACCCCUUGAUGGACCUGGGCCUACUUUUGGCUGGCCUUCUCACUGUGGAAGGUCUUCUGAAGUCCGACCUCCCUCAGGGACUGCAGUAUCGUGGACCUGUGAGCCAGAUCCAGUCAUGGAAGGGAAGGAAGGCAGCCGAGGAGCUCACAAAGCGAAACACAGACUUCAGUUGCAACCUUUAUAGGAAGCUGGCCUCCAAUAGCCCCAACAAGAACAUCUUCUUCUCCCCCUUGAGCAUCUCCGCAGCCUUCUCCAUGCUGUCUCUGGGUGCCCAGGACUCCACCCUGGAUGAGAUCAAGAGGGGCUUCCACUUCAGGAAUAUGCCAGAGAGAGACCUUCAUGAAGGCUUUCAUUACCUCAUCUACAGGAUGAAUCAGGAGAGCCAGGACCUCGACCUGGACCUUAAAAACACCUUGUUCAUCGACCGGAAGCUGCAGCCACAGAAGCAGUUUCUGACAGAUGCCAAGAACCUGUACGAUUCAGACACUGUCCCCACCAACUUCCAGAAUUUGGAAGGUACUAGGAAGCAGAUCAAUGACUAUGUCAAUCAGAAAACCCAGGGGAAAAUCAACAACCUGAUCAAGAAUAUAACCCCUGGCACUGUGAUGCUUCUUACAAAUUGCAUUUUCUUUCGAGCCAGGUGGCAACAUGAAUUUGAUCCAAAAGCAACUAAAGAGGAAGACUUCAUUCUGGAUGGAAACAAGCGAGUAAAGGUGCCCAUGAUGUUCCAUGGCGGCAUGUAUGAAGCCGGCUAUGAUAGACAGCUCUCCUGCACUGUUCUGGAAAUGCCCUACCAGGGCAUGAUCACUGCCACCUUCAUCCUUCCUGACGAGGGCAAAAUGAAGAAUGUGGAGGCGGCCUUGAAGAGGGACACUCUUGACAGAUGGAAGAAAUUAGUCACACGAAGGGUCGUAGACGUGUCCCUGCCCAGGUUCUCCAUCACUGGUAACUAUGACCUGAAGAAGACGCUCUCCUACCUGGGUAUCACCAAAAUCUUUGAGGAGCAUGGUGAUCUCACCCGGAUCGCCCCUCAUCAAAGCCUGAAAGUGGGUAAGGCGGUGCACAAGGCAGUGCUGAAGAUGGAUGAGAAGGGAACAGAGGGUGCGGCCGCCUCCGGAGUCCAGACGCUGCCCAUGGAGACGCCGCUCUCCAUCAAGCUGAACAAACCCUUUCUGGUGUUUAUUAGGGAUAGCGUCCUGCCCACCAUCAUCUUCUUGGGAAAGAUUGUUAAUCCUACUGGGGAAUAA